CUAUAUAGACACGUGGCCCACGCUUCGCCUCUUGCAGCUUCCCCGCCGGCCGCCGCUCGCCUGGGAAAAUGAACUCUCUGUUUCUUCUCUGCAUCACAAAUUUCGUUUCGAUUCGGUUUUCUGUCAGAUAAUUGGAAGCGGUAAAGGCCAAAGGGAGGAGGAUGACCAGCGUCGGAAGGAUGAGGUUCCUCCGGUCAGUUUCCGGCAGGUUCGAGUCCAAGUUCAGAAUUACUUUCAUCUGCAUUUUACACUCGUCCUCUGUUUCAGGGACAAUGGCGGCAGAGGCUACCCUCGGGAAUUCCUGGAGGGAAGGCAAAUGUGCGGAAAGACUUCACCUUUACAAGACUGAUCUAGUUUCUCUAGAACACGAAUUUUUCAUUAUCCAUCCACAGGGCGCUCUGCAAUUCUGGAUGCAAUUGAAUGAAUCGUUUAUCAACAAUCACGAGUAAGAGAUCAGGAAAUCGAUCUAAAACCCGAAAAUCAUCUUCCACAACCAGAUAUCCUUUGCAAAGACCCGUGAGAAGAGCACGGGAAGCAGUGCUAGAGUUAGGCAAACAGUUCAAUACUUCAAUGUCCAUCCUGAAGCUUUCUCUAUUGGCCAGGCGGUGAACCACCGGAUGCCGGAAGGUGCCAAGUCGAAUUCCUCCCUGAGCCGCCUCCCCAUAUCCCGCAUGUGCGCGGCUCCAUAGAGUAUGGCGAUCUUGUUGUUGCUGCAUCCCUUCUCAUCCAUUGCUUUCCAUGUAUGUUGUACUUUGAAUAUUUCUUUGCAAGUUCAGCACAUACACAAAUUCUCAGCCAAGUUCCGAAUUCCAUCCCGAUCCUUUGCCAACUCCAUAAGCACCUUGAUCCUUAAAAAGAAACAAAACUAGGCUUCUGUCCCAUCUCCACCAUUUCCAAGAAACAAUUCUCGGCUUCCGCCAAGUUCCCCAUAUCACAAAGCAAAUCAAACAACACAUCAGCU